AUGUCAGCUCAUUUGUCAAAAACAAUCAAAAACAAAACAGAACCACAAAGACAUUGUAAGUAUCAUGAAAUGUGUCAAUCGACCUUCUGGGUUUAUCAGUGCUUAGUGUUGAGAGAACGUUCUGGGAUAAGUUUAAGAAUAAAAAGUGUUCAGUAUUACAUACAUAACAUUAAAACGUUGAAUAACGACGAAGAAAAACAGAUUAUUCGGAUUAGGGUUGACAUUCAACAUUUAAAUAAGCAAGAAUAUUGCAAAAACUAG